CUGUUUUAGCAGCAGAUCUGACACCUCCUCAAUUAGGGCCCCUGACAGCGCUGCCAGGGAAAGGUUCUCGAAGGAACAUGAGAGCCCGGCUGGAAAGGCUCUCUCUGCUUUGGGCACUUCUCCUGUCUCCGUGGCUGGGAGCUGCAGAAAAUACUGCUGCUGUCUUUGGGGUGAAUCAGACACCCCCUUCUAUCCGUGCAAUGGAAGGGUCAGAGUUCACCAUCGAGUGUACAUUCAACUCAAGCAAUAACUCUAUCAAGUGGUUUGUUGAAUGGAAUAAAACCAGAAACUAUGUAACAGAAAAGUUAUCCAAUGGAACAGAUCGAAUCAGAUUAUCAGGAGAUAAAGAAAAGAGGUCUCCUUCGCUCACCGUGAAGAAAGCUGACGUCACUGAUUCUGGAACCUACGUAUGUUGGGUUGGGAACAAGGAUGGGACAUCUCGUGGGAAUGGAACCCAAGUGACCAUCGAUGAUAAAAGGAGCAAUGCCUCCCACAUUGUUUUCAUCAUCCGGAUGGUUCUCGGGGCCCUUGUUAUAAUCUCGGCGGUGAUGAUUGUUGCAGAGUGCAUGAUUUCAGAGAAGAGGGCUGCUGUCAAUCUGACAACAUGAGGAUCAGCUGUUAUAGUGUACACCUGGAGAUGGAGCUCUCAGACACCUGUUACACAGGCAUUUCCCCUCCCCCCCCCCCAAAAAAAACCAAAAAUGUUGACCAACCAGCCUGCCAGAUUCUGUUCAAGGUUUAUUUGCAGGUGCAGAAGUGAGGGGAUGCUGGAUAAUUGGAAAGGGAGUUCACAGGUGUUCAGAAUAAAAAAAGAUUAUUCUGACACCCUUCUCUGAGGCAGCAGAACCCAGUUAUUACUGAUGGCUUAGGCAGUCUCAGUGAUAUCUGAGCCAUAGGAAAAUAGGAGACGAACAUUUCUGUCACCUAAAGAUUCCCCAUUGUGCUACCUAGCAACCACUUUAGAGCAGGGGAGGGCAAACUAUGGCCCAUGGGCCAGAUCUGGCCCAUCAGGGCUUUCAUUCCAGCCCGCAGGAUUG